AUGGCGUGGCGGUACCUGGCCCCCAGGCGCGGCCGGCAGUUCUUCAGGGGCUUCCUGCCCUCGGGCGCGGUGCUGCUGCUGGUGCUGCAGGACGCAGGCAGCGAGAGCGACUUGCGGAAGCUGGGCGCAGCCCUACUGCGCCUGCGCGGCGCGCUGCGCAUGCUCGUGCUCACCCCCGGCGCCGUGCUCAGGAUGGAGCCAUUUGAGCGAUGGACUGACGAAUGGGGCACCAUCAGGCAGAUGUCAGGUCCACUGUCCCAGGCCCUAGACAUUCCUGCACCUGGUGUGCUGGGGCAGAUGCGUGGCUAUAAGCUGCUGCUGGUCCACGAGCCUCGUGACGACCUGCGCGUAUACGAUCGCCUGUACCGGCCGGCUUGGCAGCACAGUUGGAACGGUCGAGUCCUGAGCCUCAUCCAGACACAACUCAACUGCUCCUUCCGCUUAAUCCGUGUCAACAAAGACUUCGGGACGCUCGGAUUGUAUGAUAUAUCAUACAGCCUGAGAUCUCUGACACGUUCUGCUAUUCACCAGUUCGUGACUCCUGCCAUUUCAGAAACGCAUUUUCUAAUCACCGCUUCUCCACGCGUAGUUAUCCCUCUGUGGACACAGAUGGCUGUUUUGUUCAGACAGGAGAUCUGGUUAUGCAUUGCAGCUGCUUAUAUUACUGCCUGUUCUGUGUGGUAUGCCACUGGAAGAUCCAAGAUCAACACAAGUACACGUCUUUACAUCAUCGCAGGCAACACAACACUCAGCAAAGUUCACCAUACCUAGACUGAAUGAG